CUGUUGAAUCGCGCCUGUGUUGAAGCAGCCGUCGUGGCCGGACUUGCACUGAACUGUCAAGUCAAUACAACUUCGCGCUUUGAGCGCAAACACUACUUUUAUGCUGACGCACCGGCUGGUUACCAGAUCACCCAAAAUCGCUCUCCGAUUGCCCAACAAGGAGUUGGACUCAUCGAGAUCGUCACGAAUCCAACCUUUACAUGCGCUGCUCAGACCGUGGCCUUCCUCGAGGAGUUGGCCUCCCUGUUGUCCUUCCUGGGCGUCUGUUCGGCGAACAUGUCAAUGGGAGAGUUGCGAGUGGACGUCAACGUCUCACUGGGCCCCGAUCUCGACCACCAGGGUGCCGUGGUGGAGGUGAAGAAUGUCAACAGUUUUCAUGCCAUCAAAAACUCAGUGGGUGAGCAACAUGGUCUCUUAUGCUUCUGCUAA